GGCUGUGGAAUGGACAUACACAAAAUGUUAGCAGCGAUGCAUCUGAAACCAGAGUUUGUUACUGUACUGCCUGAUAGACUAGUGAAAACUGGACAAGAUUUCAUUCUUCGCUGUGAAACUAACACAGAACGAGUAAAUGUGACAUGGAUGAAGAAGGGCCAAAAGCUGUGCUGCGUGGAGGGCAAACAUAAAACUGAAAAAAAUGGCACAACAGUUUCCUUGGAAAUCAAAAACGCUGAGGUGGGAGAUGAGGGGAACUACACUGUAACCAUACAGAGCUCAACGGGCAGUGAUUCAUGCUCUGCCAUGGUCAUUAUUGAACUUGAGGAGUGGAGGACUGUCCAAUGGAUGCAAGCUCCAAUGAUCAGCACCUUGAAGUCCUUUAAAAUUAGCGGAGAGAAUGUCCGAGAGCUCCGCUUCCUUCUGUAUGGACCAGUUGGGGCUGGGAAAUCCAGCAUCAUAAACACCAUUAAAAGCAUAUUUGAAGGACAUCAGUUCAUCAACUGUCUGACUGCUUCAGCAGUUACAGGCGAGAGUUUUACCAAAAAGUUUGAGAAGUACAAUGUGGGAAAUGUGCCUUUCACUUUCUAUGAUGUGAUGGGUUUGGAAAAGGACAAGUUAAAAGGAGUGCACACUGAAGACAUCAUCAGUGCUUUAAAAGGCCAUGUACCCAACGACUACACAUUUAAAGAAUGUGCUCCAAUAGAUGAAGACAACAGGUACUACAUCCUCAAGCCCACUCUGAAUGAUCAGAUCCACUGUCUAGUGAGUGUGAUUCCAGCAGACAAAAUUUCCAUGAUGGAUGAAGAAGUCAUCCAGAAAAUGAAGGAGAUCAGAGCAGCAGCAAGUAAAUUAGGAAUUCCUCAAGUGCUUUUCAUGACAAGAGUGGACCAGGUGUGCACCAUGACCCAGCAAGACGUGGCUAAGAUCUACCAAAGCAAGAAGAUCAAGGAUAAGAUGAUGGAGUGCAGUAACAGACUGGGUGUUCCACUGAACUGCAUCUUCCCUGUGAAGAACUACAGCGAGGAGAUCAAGUCCGAUGAGAAGCUGAGCUGCCUGAUGCUGGAAGCCUUCACUCAGAUUGUGCAUUCAGCUAAUGACUUUGUGAAGAAGAAUUCAAACGAAAAGAAAAGAGUAGAAUGAGUUUCUUCAUAUUAAACUCGUAUGAAGAACAUUAUUUUAUAAC